CGCACGCGCGCGUCUGCGUCUCCGUAACUCAGUCAUCGUCCGCAGCGGCUGGCGAUUUUGGUGUGUUGUCCGAGGUGCGCCGCCCUUGCGCUCGAUCCCGCGACCCCGAGGAAGGGCUAUGACCUGCCGCGGGCGGUGAAGGGCGGGAGGAAGUCGGGGCGGAGGGCGUCGCUGGCCACGGAUCCAGGCGCUGGAAGGACUGCUCGGCUGCGUGUGGCUCUACUACCUGGCACUGGCACUGGGAGCGGGAGGCGAGGCGUCGUGGCCGGUCUCUCAUCGGCUGCCACGAUGGUGCCGGAAGCCAGGCUGUGCUAGGGCGGCCGCGGCGCUCAGUGAUGGUGGCGCGCGGGGGGCGAGUGAUCGGAGCAAGUGCCACGGCGGCUGACGGCGGCGGGGGCGCGCGACUUGGCUCGAAGGGCAUGGGCGCACGGGGCCUCGAGUGAUAGUGUUUUCUGGCGCGGGAGUGUGUGUUCGGGCGGCAGUCGACCCGCCCAUGUCCCUUACAGCUCAGGAGGUGGUGGAGCGCGCGGGCGUGGAGUUGUCCAAGUGUAUCACGGGCCUGGGACUCCGCUCCCGCAGCAAGGACAAGGAAAUCCGCGACGCCCCGGGGGCAAGCGGAGGCGGAGGCAGCGGCGCCGAGGGCAGCAGGAUGGGGUCCGUGCGGCGGGGGGGCGUCAUGGAGAAGGUGGCCAACGUGCUGUGCGGGAACAGCGUGGCCAGCAGUGGACUCGUCAAUGGCAAAGCCAAAAUGGACAAACCGAUUCCGCCGGAGAAGCCGAGUCGCUUCCUGCUGGGGAAGGUCCGGAACGGCGUCCCGGCGGGGCCCUCGGGCAACCCCCUGGUGCCCUUCAACGGCCACCAGGGGUCCCCGCGCCCCCUGCGCGCAGCCAGGUCGCCGGCGCACCUCCUGCGGGGGCACCGCUUCCUCACGUGGGACGAGCUCAUCCGGGACGAGGCUUUCCUGGCCAGGUUCUUCUCCUACUUCUCGCCCAUCGAGAGGACGGUGCUGGCCCAGGUGUGCCUGCGGUGGCGCGCCGUGCUGUACCAGCCCAAGUUCUGGCACGGCGUGCGGCCCGUCCUCCACUGCCGCGAAAUGCGCCACGCCAACGUCGAGCUCACCACCGACAUGCGGCGCCGCUUCUACGUGUCGGUGCAGAAGCGCGGCUUCGACUCCCUCGUGCUGAUGUGCGCCAACGACGAGGACCUCAUGGACCUGGUGGCCAACUACGCCGUCAACCACACGAAGGCGCUGCGCUCCGUGGCGCUGCGCUGCUCCAACGUGUCCGACAAGGGCCUGGAGACGCUGCUCGACCACCUCAACGGCGUGUACCAGCUGGAGCUCCAGGGCUGCAACGACGUGACGGAGGCCGGCCUGUGGGCGUGUCUCAACCCCCGCAUCGUGUCCCUGUCCGUGGCCGACUGCAUCAACGUGGCCGACGAGGCCGUGGGCGCCAUCGCCCAGCUCCUGCCGUCGCUCUACGAGCUUAACCUCCAGGCCUACCACGUCACCGACGCCGCCCUCGCCUUCUUCAGCCCGCGACAGACGUCCACGCUGUCAAUCCUCCGCCUCCACUCGUGCUGGGAGCUCACCAACCACGCUAUCGUUAACAUAGGUAUGUACCCACGUGGCUUUUUGCAUAAACACUGGCUGUUGUUGGUGCGAGUUCACGGGGAAGGGAGAGCGUGCGCCCCGCUGUGUUUUCAUGGCCCGUCGUGGGCCGCGGCGCUGGUGCAUUCCCUUUAAUGUGAUCUUUAGUUCUCACUCUCCCCGAUAUUCGCAGAUGAGGCGAGUUUUUCAAAGACGCCGUGGUGGGUCCGUAGACCUUUUCUUGUGAAUGAAGAGAGAAAUAGUAUUUUUUCUCUUAUUUUUCUUUUAACGAAAUUGGUUCUCUACGCCUUUCAUACCACAGUGGC